AUGUCCCGUAGUGGGAGCACUGAUAAAGAAGACACAAUGUCAAAGCGUCUCACUGAAAAGUCCGAAGAACCGACCAGCCGGAGCAGUAUAAUUGAUGCAAAAGACGCCCAUGGAUGCACAGCAUUGCACUUGGCUGCUGGAUGUGGGCUGGAAGGAUUCAAAAUCCUACUAGACUCAGGCGCAGAUACCAGUCUUCAAAAUCAACGUGGUUUCACACCUCUACAUUUCGCUCUGUACUAUAGGAGGGAAGACGUAGCGAGUGUUCUUGCUCACUCUAACAGCGAGCACGACCUGCAAGACAAAGAUGGGAGGAGUCCCUUGCAUUGGGCUGCAUUGCGAGGAUACGCUGGAAUAGUCAGGAAGCUGCUGGACUCAGGCGCCAACACUCGUGUUCAAGAUAGAUGCGGCGAGACACCCCUGCAUAGUGCACUGUAUUGGGAGAACGAAGAGGCCGCAACAGUCCUCGUGAAUUUUGACAAUAAAAUCGACCUCCAAGACGUUGAUGGAAUGAGUCUCCUACAUUGUGCCGUAGAUGAUGGAUAUGUGGGAAUAGUGAGGAACUUGCUGGAUGCUAGUGCGAAUGUCCAUCUUCAAGAUCGCGAUGGGUACACUCCCCUUCACUACGCUUUCGCUCGGAAAAGGCUGGAUGUAGCGAAAGUUCUCCUGGAUUACGACAGCACAGUAGAUUUUCAAGACGAAAAUGGGUUUAGUCCUUUACAUUGCGCCGUAACUCAUGGACAUCUGGAAAUCGUAAAGCAGUUGCUGGACGCCAGCGCUAAUACUCGUCUCCUAAGUGUAGCUGGUCAAACUCCAUUACACCACGCUCUGGAAUUCGGGAAUGAGGAUGCUGCUAGAAUCCUUGCCAAUUUCGACUGUGUAGGCAACACUCAGGAUAAACGUAAGAGGACAUCAUUACAUUGGGCUGCAAUAAAAGGAUAUGCAGGAAUUACGGAGACGCUGCUGAACUCAGGUGUCGACACACGUCUUCAAGAUUAUAAUGGCCAAACUCCACUGCAUUGCGCUCUGUCUAAGAAAAAAGAAGAUGCAGCAAGAGUCCUCGUGAAUUUCGACAGUAACAUCGACUUUCAGAACCUAGAUGGUCGAACUCCAUUACAUCUUGCUGCAUCUCAAGGAUAUGUAAAAGUUGUGACAAAGCUGCUCGACGCAGGUGCAAAUACACGUCUGCAAGAUCUGUUUGGCAAUACGCCAUUGCAUGUUGCUCUGUAUUCGCGACAGGAAGCUGCAGCAAAAGUGCUUGUGGAUACGGAUGGUGAAAAUGAUCUCCCAAAUAGACAUGGAUGCACUCCCUUGUAUUAUGCUGCUAGGGAAGGAUACGCUGAGAUAGUGAAGUGGCAAUUGUUCUGCGGCGUGCGUCCGCAUUUGAAAAGUAAGGAACAAAAGUAUCCGUUGGAAGUUGCUCCGGUUAGAGAUAAGGAGAAUAUCGCGAAGAUGAUUCUUUCCGCAAUCGCCUUGACGGAUACUACGAUCAAUUGGCAGGAUCUGGAUCUCAAGCAGCAUGAAGUGCAGUCCAAUGAGAAGUUUCUGGCUGAAUGUCAGACUGAGCUAAAGCAAAUGAUGUGA